AUGACUGGAACAUUUUAUCUGCAACUGAAUCCUACUUGGAUACUGUUGGUGGCGUCGCCGACUCCUCUGCUCGGCCUCCCGCCGCCGCCGCCCACGCCGCGGGCGUGGCCGGCGCGGGCUCCUCUGCGUCCUCUGUCCUCUGCGGGCACGGGCGUGGACCCUGCCCCUGGCGCCGCCCAGCUGGCUGCUGCUGCCCUGGGCCCUACUCUGGGCGAUGCCGCCCCUGCUGGCUGCUGCCCGCCGGCCGCCGCCGCCGCCGCAGUUGUGGCCGCGGCCCCAGGUGCGUGCGUGCCUGCGCCUUACGCGGCAGGCGCGUGGCCGCCCUCGCUGGCCGUCCCUCCCGGCUCCAGCGCCGCCGCCGCCACCGCCGCCCUCUGCGCUGCUCUCGCCGCAGCCCAGGGCGCGUGGGCCGCUGGCAUGGGCAUGCCUGGCGCUGCGCUCACGCCAACCAUGGCUGCGCCCGCGACGCCUCUUCCAGCGCCCGCGCUGCCCGUGGCCGCGCCUGCGCUGCCUUUACCCGUGAUGGCCGCCAAUGCUGCUACGGCCGACGCGGCUCUCGCCGCGGCCCUCCUCGCCGCCAAGUCCGAGGCUGCGGCGGAUCAGGAGCGGGCCCGCGCUGUUGCCCUCGCUCUCCUCGCCGCCAAGUUCGAGGCUGCGGCGGCUCAGGAGUGGGCCCGCGCGUCUGCCCUCGCUUGGGAGUGCGAGCGCUCCGCGGCCGACACUCUCACUCGUUGGGUCGCCGCAGAGAAGCCCUACUUCCUUGUCCCGCCCGUCGUCCCCUUCACCGAGCACGACGCUUCAUCCUCCCACUAG